AUGGCCGCCUUUUACGACAAGCCGCCGCGAUACGACUUUGACGACCGCCUCGUCGUCGAUACUCUUUAUGACCUCCGCGCCCGCGCUCGCAAGCAUGCUGAAUUGACGGCUGCUCAUGCGCCCGUAUCACCCGUAUCCCCGCUGUUGAGCGAUGGCUCGAGCACGCACACCUUUAACAUCGACCUCGAGUCUAUCUGGGCAGACGACGAGGACGACGAUGAGGACCUGGCAUCGCUCUCCGCCGGACCCUCGACACCACGUAGUCCAGCGCUACUGCCACCUCGGCGAGUCUCGAGCGUGUCAUCAUUCUUCAUCGACGGAGAAGAGGACGAGGAACCGGCGCCUGCGUACGAGUACGAGGACAGCCAGGACAGCGCGAGUACGUGGGGGCCCGCGAGCACCGCGCGCCUAUCAUCCUCCACCGUGGGCUACGAGUUCGCGAAACAGGCGCCCGUGGAGGAGUGCUAUGACGACGACUCGGAGAUCCUGGAGGAGAACGAGGUGCUCUGGGACGAGGACGAGGAUCCGUGGUCGGCGUUUGCCGCCGUCUGCUGGGCCGCCUGCGUCGAUGACAGCCCGAUGCCGCCUCCAGCGCCCAGACGAGCGCCCGAACCGAUACAGGUACCCGCUCGUGCGCGCGCUUCCUCCUUCGCCACCAUAUCCACCGGCCCGCGGCAUCCGUCGCCGCUGGUGAUUGCCGCACCGCUGCCUGGGAACGACGACCCGUCGUCGCCGUUCGAAGGUCGCAAACUCUCGAUGGACUCGAACGUCACUUCAUCAUCGUAUGCGACGGCACGAUCUGACGGCGCUAGGGGUUUGGUCUACAAGUCGUCCUUUGCUCGGACUGAUCCCGAACUUGGGCUUUGGCGUGCCCCUAUGCAGGGCGACACCGCCAUUGUACGGCCGUUGUGCGCCGAGGAGUCUCGCUUGAUGGGAUUCGACUCGCGCGAUUCCCUCGAAAUUCGAGUGGAGGACGUGCAGGAGUACGGAAGUGGCAGCUCACAUCGCCACUUGACGAGACUCGAGUACCAUCCGCCACGAGCACCGAGUCCACCGCGGAUCGACGCUCAGUUCACUCGUGCUGCCACAGCCGCGGCGGUCAAGGGCUCGAUGUGGUCGCCCGAUACUCCUACGCCCAGUAUGGCCGACAUCGGCGCAUGGCCUCCAGCGCGCGGCGGAACAAGCAAGGGCUUGCGAAGCCUCUGGAGAAAGGCGACGGGCAAGGAGAACGCCGCCGCCCAUCUCGGCAGCGGACGGCCAGUGUACGCCGGCUUCUGA